UUUAAAUUGGCAACACUCUGCCAUUCGAGAAUCAAAAGAAGUGUGACGGGCUUUAUUUUGUGAUUAUUGUGUUGAUUUUAUAGUUAAAAAUGUCGACAUUAGCAGCACCCUUAUCUGUCGCUGGAACCAGAACAUCAGGAGCUCCAGUUAGAACCCAAAAUGUGAUGGCAGCAGCAGCCAUAGCAAAUAUUGUCAAAAGCUCGCUAGGCCCCGUGGGGCUUGACAAAAUGCUUGUAGAUGAAAUUGGAGAAGUUACUAUCACAAAUGAUGGAGCCACGAUUUUGAAAAUGUUGGAAGUUGAGCACCCGGCUGCGAAAGUUCUGGUAGAGCUGGCACAGCUGCAGGAUGAGGAGGUCGGAGAUGGCACCACAUCGGUUGUCAUCAUCGCUGCUGAACUACUAAAGAGUGCCGAUGAACUGGUGAAAAACAAGAUUCACCCAACAAGCAUCAUCUCUGGGUACCGUCUCGCAUGCAAGGAGGCCGUGAAGUAUGUGCAGGAUAACCUUACAGUCACAGUGGAGUCCCUAGGCAGACCGUCCAUCGUCAAUGCUGCCAAGACUACUAUGUCAUCAAAGCUUAUUGGAGCUGACGCAGAUUUCUUCUCCGAGAUGGUAGUAGACGCUGCCCAGGCCAUCAAGAUCACAGACUCGAAAGGCAACGCUCAGUAUCCGAUCAAGGCUGUAAACAUUCUGAAGGCCCACGGCAGGAGCGCCCGGGAGAGCGUGCUAGUCAAGGGGUACGCUCUGAAUUGCACUGUGGCAUCGCAAGCUAUGCCUAAGAAGAUCGUGAAUGCUAAAAUAGCAUGUUUGGACUUCUCGCUUCAGAAGACUAAGAUGAAGAUGGGUGUUCAGGUGCUGGUCACCGAUCCCGAGAAACUGGAAGCAAUUCGUGCCCGCGAGUUGGACAUCACAAAGGAGCGGUUACAGAAGAUCCUCGCCACCGGAGUGAACGUGAUCCUCUGCUCCGGUGGAAUCGAUGACCUCUGUCUCAAGUACUUUGUAGAGGCCGGUGCUAUGGGCGUCCGGAGAUGCAAGAAGGCUGAUCUGAAGAGAAUCGCAAAGGCUACGGGAGCUACUUUCCUAACUUCCCUUACUAAUAUGGAAGGUGAAGAAGUAUUUGAGGCCAGUAUGAUUGGUGAAGCGGCCGAAGUGGUACAAGAACAAAUCUGUGAUGACCAACUCAUUUUGAUCAAAGGCCCGUCCGCCCGCACGGCCGCGUCGCUGAUCCUGCGCGGGCCCACGGACGCGUACUGCGACGAGAUGGAGCGCUCGGCGCACGACGCGCUGUGCGCCGUGCGCCGCGUGCUGGAGUCGGGCCGCCUGGCGCCCGGCGGCGGCGCCGUGGAGGCCGCGCUCUCCAUAUACCUGGAGAACUUCGCCACCACGCUGAGCUCCCGCGAACAACUUGCCAUAGCAGCGUUCGCUCAGUCGCUGCUCGUGAUCCCCAAGACGUUGGCAGUGAACGCUGCGCGCGACGCUACCGACCUCGUGGCCAAGCUGCGGGCGUACCACAACUCUUCACAGACCAAGGUCGAACACGCGAACCUAAAAUGGGUCGGCCUCGACCUCACCGAGGGCACGUUGCGAGACAACCUGGCGGCCGGGGUGCUCGAGCCCGCCGUCUCCAAGAUAAAGUCCCUCAAGUUCGCGACGGAGGCCGCCAUCACGAUCCUGCGCAUCGACGACAUGAUCAAACUAGAUCCGGAACAGAAGGGGAAGAGUUACGAAGACGCGUGUAACGCGGGCGAACUUUAAAGCAGUAUUUUUGUGUCAGUUAUUGUGUUAACAUAGCAUUCGGAAUAAUGUGAUACUGUAGAAGUGGUUGUGGUGGUAUUUACAACUGCGUGGAACACAGUGUGGCACAUCGUUAAUUAUGGCAUUUCUAUUGUCUUAUAUUGUUCAGAAUUCUAUGUGUCAUCUUGAUUAACUUAAUUCUGGACGGUUUAUAGGGUUUUACUUAAAUUUUGUUUGAGCACUUGUGGUAUUUAUUACUUUACCAACAAGGUUUGAUAUUUAAAUUGUCAGUUACAAUGUGUUUGAGCAUUUUUCCGCCUGUUUUGAAAUGAUGCGAUCGAUAGCUUUUGUAUAGAGAGCUUGUGUAUGGACCAAACAAUUUGUGCAUACGUCUCUUCUAUCUUAUUUGAUAUUCUACUGGCAUGGUAGCGUCGAUAAAAUCGUUCAGAUUUAUAGUUAAUUUGAGAUGAAACAAUGAACAUUGACAGAAGUGAUGGAAGUUUAUUUUAACGCCUCCGCCGGGUGCGGUCUCAAUAACCUAUCUUAAGUUUUGUCCAUGUUACAGUACUUUUAACAAUAAAGCUUUAAGUUUUCUCAAA